UCAAGAAAUUUCUUGUAUUUCCAGGUGCAGUUUGGUUACAAGAAGGAGAAACGUUUAGGAGGAAAUUAUUCAAGGUCGAGAAAAGUGAAACGACAUAAAGAUGUUGGCACUAUUUUACAAUCGUUGGUCCUCCAUUUUUUCCAGAUCAGUUCGAUUCUAAAAUCGAGAAGAAACUUACACAAGGAAAUUAUCCAAAGAUAGAUAGAGGAAAGUAAAACAAAACGAUUAUCAAGGUGCAAAACGACAGUGGAGGUAGGAAGACAGGCAAAAACAAUUCCGGCGAUUAAAUCCGAGUAGUCAGUUUCGGUCGCUCUUUCUCUCGUGGAGUCCAACAACGCUCGUUUGGAAUUGUAAAACGGCGGACGAUGCAAUCCUCCGAACGAAUCCUUUAAACCUUUGCACAUUAAUUCGAUCGACCGUGUAGCCACACCACUGAUGACUAAUUAAAGUUCAAAUGGAGAAUUCCGAGAUUAAACCACAAUCAUACUUGGUUGGCUGGAAACACAAACUGACUGGAACUAUAUAUCGGAACGCGUGCACGCAAACUGGUAAACAUGACGGCAAAAAUGACAAAAGAACGCAGACAAAUUUUACGAUGGAUAAAUUUACGAAUGUGGAAUGUGACGUUGAAGUGCAGACGAAUUUCUUUCCUAACAUCCGCGACAGAUUUAUGAAAAGUUUUAGAGAUUCCAAGGAACCGAGAUUCAAGGAUUACUCGAACGAGAAGAUUCUAGAGAGCAUCGUAAAGAUACAGAGGUUUUACAGAGCUCACCGCGGCCGGCAAACCACGAUCUCGUCGAGCGGCGUUUCAGCGUGCGCUAAGAACACGAACCGGCAGCAAAUACAGCCAGUACCGAGAUUCUAUCGCAGCCGGGAUUUCGUGAUACUAAACCGCACGUCGCCGAGUACCAGGGAGGACUUCGAGUUGCUGUACAAUCUGCUGGAUCGUUGGCGUAUCCACGAGACGAAGAGUGCGAGUGAACAGCUGUUCGUGUCGUCCAGGAUCGCAUUGUGCAGUUUAAUCCUAUCAAAGGAGGUAGAACUAUUGCGAGCCAUUGAUUCGAGAAAAACCACUAUCAAAUUAAAAAAGAGAGAGCAAUCAUACAGAAAAUUCUUGGAUGAGUUGUGCAAGCCUGUCGUAUGGAAAACCAGUCAUGGAGAAUCGAUUCCUGUAAUUACACCAUUUGUACAGCACGCCAGAUGCUUUAGAGGCACGUUCGAAGAGUUGUCGAAGGAAAAUAUGACCGUUAAGGAAAGAAUUGAGAUGUUGUCUAAAUUGAGAAAGGAUAUAGAGCCUCAUACCUGUAAGGAAUCUGAUGAACUGGUACGUUUGUUGAAUCAAGAGAUUGAUCUGUUGACCCUUAACGUGGAGGAAAGUAAGUUGAAUUGGUUAAGAAGUGGGCUGAGAAUGGCUUUUUUGAGACUGGCGAGGGAGUCCUUGAGAAACGAGCGAGAGGAUUCGAGGCUGAUCAGUUGGUUCCGGACCAGUUGUAAAACCAUCUGCAGGAGCUGCGGUAGACUAUUGCCUCUCGAGAAGUUCCCACGCGAGAAAUGGUCCCGUUCCUCUUCGUGCAAUUACUGUCUCUACGUGAGAGUUCGCACUGGGCCUCGGCUCGUAUACGAGCCGUAUCAAAGACUUCUUCGUGAUGUAAGACGUCGCGAAGCUAGAAUCUAUUGUUACACCAGUCUGGCUUUUGUUAUCGAUGCAAAAGCCGUUUACCAUUUGGUGAACGAUAUUUGGCACGGAAAAUCGGCCAUUUCUGAAAACGAUAAUUUAGAGGAGUUGAGGUUGGUGAGAUUUCGAAAUGACGAAGAGUGGUCACCGUGGAAUUGUCUUUUAUUAACCGUGACGGAAGCUUCGUUGCAUCGAAAGGUAGUUGACCUCGGUAAGUUUUACGGACCGAUGAUACUACAAAAGUUCUGCACGAAGAAUCUUCAGGCCAAACUUCGGUUCGAGUUCGUGACCAAAUUCAAGAGCCUUCGUGGGAAUAAACAAUGCUAUUAAACGCUCAUUUGUUAUUGUUCUUCGUGGAAAGUUAAUUGGCAAGUUGCGGAUACUUUCUUCAGCGUAUAGUGAAAGGAUGGAGUAAAGAAAGCGAAUUUUGAUAUCACGUUGAGAGCGUUGAGCGAAU